AUAAAAUUGAGAAUUAUUAAUGAAAUGAUUUGAAAGUGACAAAAAUAGAAUUAGUGGAGGCUGGGUAAAUUGACUUCCCGCACUCCCGACUCCGUAUAUAGGCUGUCACAUCUUCUCACUAAAUACACCACUAAGUACUUGCCACGUCACCAAUAUGAAGCAAAAUAACGACAGCAACUCUCAAAAAUCUUUCCACUCUUCAAAACGUGGCGAAGACCUGUUGGACUCUUUCUCCACCUCACGCCUGCCACGUGGCGAUGGUCCUUGUAACGUAAGACUCACUUUAAUUAAGCUUUUGCUUUCUUUUCUUUCUUGCUUUCUUUAAACCUUCUCCCCCACUUGCUUUCCCAAACAGGCCUUUCCUUCUUUCUUCCUUCAGAGACGACGCAGCGCGACGCGGGGACACACGGAGAGAAGAAAUGCAGACUCGAGAGAACAGAGUGAGAAACAACUCGCUGCCCGACUCAGUGGCUCAGAAAGAGUCACCUCAUUCGCCACUUCGGGCCCACUCCCCCUUCCGAUCCGAUGACCCAGACCCUCCCUUCUCCACGCCGGAAUCCUCUCCGGCCAAGUCCCCCUGCAAGGCCGUCAUCGCACUCGAAAAGCACACCCGCUCUUACGCCCCGGAGCAGCAGGUUCCGGCGGCUCCACCUCCGCAGCCUGCGAAAGCGAACGUGACCGUGACCGCGGCCGCCCCCGCAGCCGUGCCAGAAAAUGCGGCGCCGGAGAAGCCCCAGGAUUUGUCGCGGGUGGUGGUGGUCAACCGCUCGGUGAGAGAGGAGGACAUGGCGGCGACGGUGACGAAGGUGGGGCCUGGCCUAGGAGGAGGCGGUGGGAGGGAGGAUGGAGGUGGUGAGAGGCGAUCGGCGAGGACGGUGACGGCGAUACUGGGGAGAUCGAGGAGGGAGAUUAUGGUAAGGAGGGCGGCUUUAGGGUUUAGGGUUUGCGAGAUGGUGCUUUGCUUAAUUUCCUUCUCGGUCAUGGCUGCCGAUAAGACUCAGGGUUGGAGUGGCGACUCUUUUGAUCGCUACAAGGAGUACAGGUAUUGUUUAUCCGUCACUGUUAUCGCAUUUGUAUAUUCGGGGUUUCAAGCAUAUGAUCUAGCAUACCACUUGAUCACAGGGAAACAUGUGAUCCGCCACCACCUCCGUUGUCACUUCAAUUUCUUCAUGGAUCAGGUAUUGGCAUAUCUUCUGAUAUCUGCAUCAUCAUCAGCAGCCACCCGUGUUGAUGAUUGGCAAUCAAAUUGGGGGAAAGACGAGUUUACAGAGAUGGCCAGUGCAUCAGUUGGGAUGUCCUUCUUGGCCUUUGCUGCCUUCGCGCUGAGCUCCCUCAUUUCUGGUUAUGACCUCUGUACCCGUGACCUGACCUGAUUUUUAAACCAGUCUCCUUUUGAUUUACUAUUUUUUAAAAAUUAAAUCUGUGAUUUAAUGCUGAAAAAAAAUGUUAAUGCCAGUGAGUUCUAAACUUGUACAGGAAAAUACUAUGAUAGAAUCGGCAACCAGUUUUUUUUAAUGCAUCACCAACCCAAUCUCCCUCAUACCUCCAAGCAUUUAGCUUGUUUGUCAUAUUGUAAUGAAAUAAUUCCACUGCCUUCGAUUU